GAAUGGAGAGCUUGGCUGAUACUUCCAAAUCUUCUUUAAACUACUGCCAACCUAGCCGGAGUUUCAUCGGAGCACUGCCGGAAAACGCCUUUUUCCGAUGGCUUUCCCCCGGCUCAUGAUCUGAAGAACUCACAUCACUUUGUUGGCUAAACAAGCAGGAGUAAAGCAAGAUUAGAGCAGAGAAAAUGGUUCAGUUCUCUUCUCUUUUCAAUGGUUUUGCGAAAACAAUUUCGAAAAAGAGUGGGAGGAAGAGCAGAGAAGAUGUUGGGAGAGAAGCUGCAAAUGCACUUGCUAAGGAAGCAAGAAAGAAUGAGCUAAUCCUCACCACUUCUGGCUGUGUGAAUGCCAUUUCCUCUCACAAUUUCGCUUCCCUGCAUUCCAGACAAGGCAAAAAGGGAGUCAAUCAAGAUCGCGCCGUUGUGUGGGAGGAGUUUGGGGGGCAAGAGGACAUGAUUUUCUGCGGCGUGUUUGAUGGGCAUGGUCCCUGGGGUCAUCUUGUAGCUAAGAGAGUCAGGGAAUUGGUGCCAUCAUCUUUGCUGUGUAACUGGCAAAAAACAGUUGCUCAUAACAUGGACAACAUAAACAUAGGAUUAGACGACUCCCAGCUCGACGUGUGGAAACAAUCUCACAUCAAGGCCUGUUCUGCAGUUGAUCAACAACUCAAGCAGCAAGCUGAUUCCUUUUACAGCGGCACAACUGCGCUAACUCUUGUCAAACAGGGUGAUGUGAUGGUAGUUGCGAAUGUUGGAGACUCCAGGGCUGUGUUGGCUACAGCUGAUGAUGAUGGUAAAUUGGUAGCAGUUCAACUAACUGUUGACCUUAAACCCAACUUACCUGGUGAAAGAGAGCGAAUAAUGAGGUCGAAAGGCAAGGUGUGGUCGUCGGAUGAUGAACCGGGGGUGUAUAGAGUGUGGAUGCCAGAUCCAAAUGGAGGAGUAGCAGUGGAAGGGCCAGGACUUGCAGUGUCAAGAGCCUUUGGGGAUCACUAUAUCAAGGACUUUGGCCUUAUUUCUGAGCCACAAUUGACAUUCAGAAACAUAACCUUCAGAGACCAGUUUGCCAUUCUGGCCACGGAUGGAGUAUGGGAUGUGGUCUCGAACCAAGAAGCGGUGGAGAUUGUGUGGUCGGCCCCAGAGAAGGAAGAGUCGGCGAAGAGGCUGGUCGAGCAUGCAGUUUGCGCGUGGAAGCGCACCAGAAGGGGAAUUGCAAUGGACGACAUGUCGGCCAUUUGCCUAUUCUUCCACACCUCUUCACAACAAGUUGAUUGUGUGAAGAAGAAGAAGAAGAUUGCAUGAUAUGAUGCAGAAGCAGCCAAUCGAUCACCACUACUUUCAACUCCAUCUGUAAAUACUAAUCUGAAUGAAUCAUGGUGCAAACAACACUAAACUUAAUUCCCAAAACCAAAAUUAUCUGCAGUUUCCAUUCCCCUAUACUGUAUUAUUCAUUCCAAGUCUACCAUCUUUCUCUCUUUUAUGUAUAAAGUAUAAUGUCCAUUUUAUGGUCA